UACUAUAACGUGUACUUCCGGUUCUAAGCUUUCGAGGCAAAGACAUCACCGGUAGCAAAAAUGGGACAGGGGUCUUUUUUAAAAGACCAUCUAUUUAUUUACUUGUUUGGAAGACUUUUACAGCCAAAGGAGUCAUCCGAACAAGAUGGGUGGUCAUCUGAUGAAAAACCAGUGAAGAUUGAUAAGUGGGACUCUGCAGCAUUAAAGAAUGCUUUAGAUGAUGGAGCAAAGAAGGUUAUACUAGAGGGCUUUAAGCUGAAGGAGUCACACACCCUGUUUGAUCUGCGACUUCUGAUCUGCUCUGUCGCGGUGGGCUUUUCCUUCUUUGCUCUGCUGUGGGACUACAUCAAACCAUUCCCAGAAUCUCGACCUGUCCUCAUCCUCUGUGUCUUGUCCUACUUUGUGUUGAUGGCUGUACUGACAGUUUACACGACCUAUAUAGAGAAGGGUAUCUUCCUUGUGGCAUUGGAUAAGGACGAGGCUGGAAUGGAGCCCGACGAUGUCUGGGAACUCUCAUCUUCUCUCAAAAAAUAUGAUGACAAGUAUUUCCUACAGAUAUCUGUUAAACCUGGCACCACACAAAUUAUACGCUCCUUAGACAUCACAAAAAGUGUCAGCGAUUUCUUUGAUGAAAAUGGAAAAUUCGAUUACGAUAGGUUUGAGCCUGAAGUCAGAAUUCUAAAAGCAAAGCUAUCAGAAAGCCACAAGGAAUAAUUCUGAUAAUGGUGCUUCAUAAACAUUAAAUUUCUCUGGGGAAAAAGUGCUUUAUUGAGACGGAAUGAGAACAGAGAGUAAGAAGAAUGAGAGAGUUCAUCCAUUGAUUUGUAUACUUCAUCUUACGUGUUUGAAACAAGUAAACAAUACUUUUGAUAAAAGCACAUGGCAUUUAAAACUUGUUCAGCAUAAGGUUGUUGUACCAUUUCCUAACACGGGGAUCAUAAAACAAUCUUAGAUGUUAAGUAUCCACGUACCACUGCCAAAAACUGGUACAAAGCAUUGGAAAGUUGUUUUUCCUGCAUAAAAUACCUUUGAUAUGCUAUUUCUGAAAAGAAAAGCAUACCAUGCUUUUAUGAGAAGUGAUAAAGAUGAACUAAAUACACUAAAAUCAACAACAGUGUUCUGAGCGGGAAAAAAGGAACAGGAUUCAAACUCUGGACUUCAUUUUGUUAUACUAUAGCUCUUAACCGAUUGAGCUAUCUGGUCUACGGAAGUGUCCUGGCCUACUGUGCUACAGUUAUGUCCAGACAGAAGUUAAGGGGAGGUAACUGUGUGUAUGGAAAACCACAGUGCAGUGGGACAGGGAUCUUUAAUAAUAGGAUUCAUCUCUGAAAAGGGACCAAAGACAGUGAAAUAUGACAAAUUUAUGAACAUAAAAAAACACAAUGGUAGGAAAAAUAUGACAACAAUUGAAUCGGAAUGUAUGUCUGAUUUCUAGCAUGAUCAAGAUCCUAGGACCUUGCUUUGUAUAUAUUAAAUGCAUAUCUAAUGUAGGAUGUUGAGUUGUAAAGAAACACAGAAAUAAACUUUACUCUCUUUGUUGAGUUCAGGGUCCCAUACAGUAUACAAAUCUUCUUAAUCCUGUGUUGUUUGCAAACUCCCUCUACUCAAAAUCGAAAAUUUGUAUCUUCAAAAAUUUGUAUGCACAGUGAAAAAAUAAAUAUUUUCAUCUGAUCAUGAACAGCCCAAAAAGUUGUAAUGACUAUUGAUGGUCUUGAGCUAAACAAUUUUCAAAGAUGGAUUGACAUUUUUUUUUCAAUGAACAUUAGAUUAGAAUGUCAGAACAUUUUUUUGCAUGCCUAAUUCCUACUACCAAUGAUACAGUGCUGAUAUUCAUGGUUUCAGCUAAUUUUGACAUUUUUGCUACCAUAUGUAGUUGUUGUGAUGGUAAUUCCUAAAGUAUCUGGAUAUUCCUCUGUGUUUUAUUGAACUUUCUGUAGGAAUGACACCAGAGACAUGGUUGUUCUAAGGUGAUACUAUGUCCAAAUCGUACUUGAAGAUAAUUGAACUACGAACCAAAUAUUUAAAUAUGAUUGAUGCUGGUCUCGAGUAUUUUGUUAUUUCUUUGGACCAGGUUAAAGCAAGUUUUGAACUGUUUGAGUAAGUAUGUGUUUCAGGUAGUGUAAAGGAAGUAUGAGAAAACUAGAAACUGUUCGGGUGAAAGUUUGUAUGGAUGUCAUUUUGGUUGAUGGGAUUAUUGUACAGGGCUGUGUCAUUGUUCUGUAUUUUACAAUAAAUUCUUGGUGUAGUGAA